AUGGAAGGUGUUGCAAACUUGCGAGUAUAUUAUAACGGUGAGGUUAUAACAAACACACAUGAAGGAGUGACUUUUGUUUGUAAAUGUCCGUUGUCAUUUGCCAUUCCAUGUACCAUAGGUUUUGUCGAGUUACAAAAUGGUCUUUGUAAUAACAUUCAAAGCCACAUUUUAAAAAGGGUGAGCAAUCUUUUAUACAGAAGUCCUGUGCAAGUAUUUGGUGGGUUAAUACAGUUUCAAAUAAUACCCAUCAUUGACGAUGCCAGUAUGCAACAGAUGUUGUAUAUUUAUCAACAAAUCCGAUCUCACGUGCCGAUGAUAGAGCUUGAAGAUGAAUUCGAAGCUAACUAUAAAGUCGAUGACAAAAACGAUGACGGAGACUUGGUAGGUAAUCCGGCGGUGCAAGAUGAAGCAAAUGCGAUUGUAAGCCAGCACCCGUUUGGUGUUCCGUCCUUUAUGUGGACUCUAGAUCUCGAAGCCAUGUAUCCUCCGGAAUUUCCUGAGUAUGCGAAUACAGGUGAAGGCAACGUUGCGGCGGAAGAUGGCGAGUUUAGUGUCGGAAUAGAAUUUGGUUCGAGAGAGUCGGUGAUAUCUGCAAUCAAAAGCUACACCAUCUCUAGAGGAGUUGAUUACACUGUGUAUGAGUCUGAGCCGCAGACAUUCUAUGCGAAAUGCAAGGGGUAUGGUGCAGGAUGCGACUGGCUUAUCCAAGCUAGCUUGAUUCGAAAAAAAGCUUGUUGGGAGAUCAGGAUAUACAAUGGCAAGCACACGUGCACCAUGGGAACAAUUUCACAAGAUCAUGCCAAGUUGGACCCAGACACAAUUGCAGAUGCCAUUAGGCCGUUGGUCGAAGCAGACCCCUCGAUAAAGGUGAAGUCUGUUAUCGCAGAAGUUCAAGGCAAGUUCAACUAUACUGUGAGUUACCGCAAGGCUUGGUUGGCAAAGCAGAAAGAUGUCGCAAAAAUUUUCAGUGAUUGGGAAGUUUCUUAG